AACAAAAUAAAACUGAUGCAAGCCACACAAUCAAUUGAUUGACAAAGAGAAAUAUCAGUUUGGGGCCAUGGAGAAUGAACACAUUGUAGCAACAUCCUCAACAUCUCCAACAACUAGCACUUCUACUUCCCAUCCUUCCCAUCCUCCUCCAAUCUCUGUAUACAGCAGUACAGAUCGCCAUGCCGUGCAGGUCAUUCAGCAAGCUUUGAACCGUCCUCCGAGCUCUGCAGCCCAGUAUCUUCAGCAGAUGUAUGCAGCCCAACAGCAGCAUCUAAUGCUGCAAACAGCAGCCCUGCAGCAACAACACCUGAGCAGCGCCCAGCUUCAGAGUCUGGCCACUGUCCAGAAGGCAGGUGUGUCUGGCGACAGACAGUCUGUUUCCCCCCCUACAGCUAACCAGCAAUCAAGUGUCCCACAGCCAUCUCUUAACCUAUCGUCUUCACCGCCACCUACCCAAAUCAUAAGCCGAUCACAGACAUCUAGUACUACAAGCAGCAGUAUCACCCAAAAAACAAUGCUACUGGGAAGUACGUCGCCCACGCUGAGCUCAAGCCAGGCUCAGAUGUACCUGCGAGCGCAAAUGCUCAUUUUUACACCUGCUGCAACUGUUGCAACUGUGCAGUCGGACAUUCCAGUGAUUUCAUCGUCAACAUCUUCAACUUGUUGUCAGUCAUCAGCUACUCAGGUACAGAAUUUAACACUACGAAGCCCACCAAUACUGGAAAUAUCGUGUCCACAAAGCAGUCCACCAAAAAUCAUUAACCAAGACCAACCACUGGCUAUGUGUCACAAGACUACUCUAACCAGUUCCAAAGCUGUACAUGCUGAUUCUAAUGAGACAUGCCGCAGAGGAGAAAGCCCUGGCUCAGACUCACGCUGCACAGCAGUGACACGCACAGCAAGCUUACAUCAACUGAUAGCUCCAGUAUCAUAUUCUUCAGUCCAGCCACAUUCUCUAACUAAGUACCCCACAAUCCAGCUACACCCAGAUCCACCGAAGCUGCCGCAUCAUCAAAUGAUAUUGCAACAGCAGCAGCAGCAGAUACAGCAUCGACAUCAGAUUCAGACUAUUACAUUACAUAACCCAACGUUAGAGUCUCCAACAUCCCAGCACUGUGUGCCAAUGCAGAGCCCAUCAUUUCUACCACUUCCCAGCAGUGCUCAUUCACAUCACAGUACCCCGGUACCAACUCCUCCUCCUGCAUCACCCACUCUCUUCCAUUCUGCCCAGCAGUCUGUGGUAGUGUCUCCACCACCAGCGCAGUCCCCAUGUCAGUCACCCACUAUCAUUAUUCACCCACAGGCCCUUAUUCAGCCACAGCCACCACUUAUUGUACAGUCAUCUCAUCCAUCGAGAGAAAAUUCACAUCUAAUACAGACAACGCUGCAUUCGCCAUCACCAGUGGCUUAUCCAACCCAUCCUUCAUCUGCAGUAACACCAGGAAGCCAGCCUGGAUCAUCACAUCAACAAACUGUAGCAGCAUCUGGGCAGCCAUUAAUGUCACCCAUAGCACCAGCCAGUCAGUCGUCACUCCAAACUCUUCCUCCAUCAUCGGCAUCAUCUCCUAAUUUACCCACGUCUCAUUCUUCCCAGCUGCAAGCCUUGCCGCUGCAAUCUAUGCAGGCAAUAUCAAUGCAGCCUGAGAUAUUAACCCCAGGCCAAGUUCUGGUGCAGAAUGCUUUGCUUACUGAAGAAGAACUUCCUGCAGCAGAAGCACUUGUUCAGCUGCCAUUCCAGACACUUCCCCCUCCUCAGACUGUUGCAGUCAACCUCCAUAUACCGCCAGCACAAGUGGAGCAACCAGUGGUUUACCAAGUUGAAAAUAUGUGUUCAGAGGAAGUACCAAUGGUGCCGCAAGACUGUGACUGUGUGGUUACACAGACCCCCACACCUCCAACGCUUUCUCCCCCAGCACUUCCUGUAGGUAGUGGAGAGGAGCUUCAUGUAGAUCAUAUCUUUCAAGGUCUCCCAAGCGUGGUAUCUUCAGUGAGUGCCUCGGUUAUUAAGUCACCUUCAGACUCCUCCUAUGCCUCCAUACCAGCACCUCCUCUUUUUUUACCAGCUGCCACUACAAGGAGCAAUAGUACACAGAAGCCUAACAGCAUUCCUGGUCUGGAUAGCAAACUUCCACAAGCCAUAGUGAAACCGCAGAUCCUAACUCAUGUCAUUGAAGGAUUUGUCAUUCAGGAAGGUCUUGAGCCAUUUCCUGUAAAUCGGUCGUCCCUCAUGGUGAAGGAACCUGCCAAAGGCCAGUUGCCAUUGGAUGAGCAGAUAAUGAAUAUGGCUGAUAUGGAGUCUGACAUUCAGAGUACAGCUAAACUUCCUGACAACUCUACAGACACAGAGAUGGAAGACCUGACUGCUGAGGAAGGUGUAGAUGAACUAGAAUGUGAGAUAUUGGAGUGCGAAUUUUGUGGGAAAACAGGAUAUUCAAACACGUUCCCGAGGUCAAAGAGGUUCUGUUCUUUGUCAUGUUCAAAAAGGUACAAUUGUAAUGGAACAAAACGUCUUGGACACUACAAGGCUGAAAAAAGCAGUAGAUGGAGUAGAAAGAUGGAAGGAAAUAUAGGGAGGCAUAGUAGGCGUUCCCACAGCUCUGGAGGGUCAGUCCGAGAGCACUACCUAAGACAGUUGCCUAGUACCUAUGCAUGCAGUGAAGAAGCCUUAGAGGAUUUCCAAGAAGAUUCUCUUCCCGCCCCUAUGACCACACGGCUACGUCGACAGAGUGAGAGAGAGCAGGAAUUACGCCUUCUUCAAGCAAGACAUUUGCCCUCACCUUCUCUGAUGUCACCGGAUACUCAAACAGAGCCAUCGCUAUGGACAGUUGAAGAUGUAUGGGCUUUCAUACAUUCUUUACCAGGAUGCCAUGAUAUCGCUGAUGAAUUUAGGACACAGGAGAUUGAUGGACAGGCACUUCUGUUACUAAAGGAAGACCAUCUCAUGAGUACCAUGAAUAUUAAGCUAGGGCCAGCCCUGAAGAUCUGUGCCCGCAUUAAUUCACUAAAGGAUACGUAGUAUACAGUGCAGCUGUACAUUGUGCCUGAACUGUUAAAAAAUGUCAGGUCUUGAAAGUAAGUUGUGCAUAGUUUUGUAAACUUUGUACAUAUCAUCAUUGCAACCCUGCCACAUUUAUGACCCUAUAGACAUGUUUAAAAAAGCUUUAAUAUUUGACAUAAUGUGUAACAUCGACAAGGUAUGGCUGAUAAUAAGAAAUAAGGAAAGUUGUUGCAGGUAGUACAUUUCAUAACUACAUUUUUUCUUUUUUUUAUAAUUCACUUUGAAUGGACUAGACUCUAUUAGCAACAGACACAGGACAAGAGAGGAAAAGCCUCAGAAAUUAUAUUAUUGAAAUGCACAUGGCUCAAACAGAUAGGCAUUAUAUUUUAUACCACUUGUGUUUCAGAAGUUUUUUUUUGUCUGCUACUGUAUAUGUGUCCAAGCGAAAACUUUAUAUUUAGACAAUACAAAGGCCAGUCUACCUUGAAAUGGUAUUUCUAUUUAGGGUGCAUGCCAGAACUCAUUUAUGACUUAGGUAGUUACACAAGAUAUCUUCAUUUAGAUGCUUCAUAGUUGAUGCUUUAGGGCCCCUUUCACACUGGGGCGGGAGCGGUAUCGGCAGUAAAGCUUUACUGCCAAUUUCGCAGGGAUAUUUACCCCCCCCGCUAGCAGCCGAGAAAGGGUUAAAAACCACAGCAAAGCGCCUCUGCAAA